GUCAAAAUUACACGUCAAAAAAAAGGGCAUUCCGCAUUCCACUACACAUGCCUUUUGGCGCCUUUUUAACGUUUUUCCACUUCUUUGCAGCUCGCCUUCCAAGCUGUACACGUGUAAAUUAAAAAUGCUAUAAAAAUUCUAAUUAUUUCAUAAUGGACGUGACCAAGUAUCGGUUUUACGUGGGCACUGCGAGGGGCGUGUUACUGUCCACUGGUGAAAAACCAAACGAAAUAAAAAUCUACAAAAACGACGAAACCACCGAGGUGACUGCCUUGUGCGAGGGGCGAAGCCCCGACGAAAUUAUUUUGGGGUACCAAAGUGGUAACGCCCAAAUUUUCGAUACUCAAAAAGCUGCAUUUGUUAGGAAACUUGAUAAUCUUGAGGGCGACGAGAGCGUUAUAGGUUGUUGUUGCAUUAAAAAUAGCUUUAUAAUUGGUAAACGCGACGGCAUUAUUAAUAUAAGCAAAAAAAAGAAAAACGAUUUUUUUUCUUUGAAUUUGGACGAAUCGGGGUCAUUAGAUGCUAUGGUUGCUAAUACGAAUAGGCCAAAUCUUAUUGGGACCGGUGGAGAGUUUAAUGAUUAUAAACUAUGGGAUAUUGAUACUAGGGAGUGUAUUUUUAAGGCAAAAUCAUUAGGACACGAUCACCUCCAACUCCCUAUACCAACAUCAAUAAGAGACAUCACCUUUUUUAACCAAGAACCCAACUUAGGGGCUUGCUGUACAAAAGAAGGGCAUGUUUUAUUGUACGACGAUAGAGCCCAAAGAAGACCAACUGUGAAAUUCCAAGAAGAAAAGGCCAGCUACACUACAAUUUCUACAGUUUUUGGGGCUCAGCAGGUUUGUGUCGGUACUACCAAAGGCUACAUGCAAUGGUUGGACUUAAGGCAGCCGGCAAAGGUUUUGAAAACUUACACUUCCUUUACUGGAAGUGUUAGUAGUAUUGUAUGUAAUGAGCCUUUUGUUGCUAGUGUUAGCUUGGAUAGGUAUUUGAGGGUGCACAAUAUGCAAACUAAGGAGUUAGUUAGUAAAUUGUACAUGAAACAAAAUUUGACCAAAUUGUUGGUGAAACAACUAAUAAAGGAUGAACAGAUUGAAGAGGUUGCUGCUGAAAAGGAGAGAGAGGUUGACCAAGAGUAUGAGGAUUUGUUUGAUAAUAUGGAAGAAGUACAAGAAGGCGGAAAAAAGGAAAAAUCCAAACGUAAAAAGGAUGAAGAAAAAACUACAAAGAAAGUUAAAAAAUCGAAAAAAAUAUAAUUGUUAUUUAUUUAUUUUUUAGAGUUAAGUUUUAAAGUUUUCGUUAUUUUUUUUUUAUAAUUUAAAUAAUAAUUAUAAUAAUAAUAAGUUUUUUUUUAUAAUUGUUUGUGUUUUAUUUUGUUUUUCCAAUGUUAUUUUUGCUGGCCAAUGACACACAUUUUGCCUCACAACUUUGUUAAUUUCAAUCCGAUUUUGACGUAAUUAGGGUUGAAUUAAAACCAAAAAAAUUGUCUACAAAUUCAUAUAUAACUGCAAAAAUUUCACAGCUGCAGGAUUUGAUUGGUUGUGAUCAUUUUCUAUGUUCAAUUUUUGAGUAUUGCGGCUCUUGAUUUGGAUUGUAAUUUCCAAAAAUUCAAGAGCCAGGAAUAGACAAAAAAUUAGAAAUAGAGAUAAAAAAAAUCAAAAUUUCUACUAACAAAACUGGCAACCCUGUAUAUAAGUCAAAAUCAUUAUCACAAUAAAGCUUAGAAUAGGUUACAACUAAUAAAAUUCAAACAGGCUUCAUUCUAGUUUCCACACUGUGAGUUUUAACAGGCUGAUUAGGGUUGACUGUUCCAUAAUUGACGACAACUUCAUCGUAACUCUGGUAAAAAUCGGGCGGUACGCUUUGUCCUCCUCUUGGAGAUACUAAAUUUUGAUAUUCAUCGUUGCCCCUUGGUAUUGUGUACAUGCUACGGCCUCUUAAGCGACGACUUAUAGAAGAAGCUGAAAAAUAUCAGUUUAAGCAAAGUGGAUGGUGA